AUGAGAGCGUCGCGCCUGUACCUGCUGGCGCUGUGGGCACCCGCCUUACUCGUCGCUGCCCCCACUACACGGCCUCGUCUAGAGCUCCAGAGGAGCUACGCGGCUGGAGCCAGUGCAGAAAUUUCAUCGAAGUCCCAGGCUUCUGUACGGUGUCGGCUUCAUCUUGGCGAUACUGAUUUGUGCCAAGACAACGAGACGCUGGCAACUGCGAACCACAAUCUUACGCGUGAUCUGCACGAAACUUUAGAGAAACCGAUUCCUUCCUUACACGACUCGAAAGCUGGGCCUCCUCGAAGGCAGACAAAACAGCCCGUUGAAACCACUACUCCAAAGGUUGUCAUCGUGACACCCUAUUACGUUAUGCGCAGUGAGAAAACGGAGGAUAUUGAAGCGACAAAUUUUCUCAGCUAUUAUUCUAAGACCGUGCUGACUGUCAACGAGGUGAAUCACAACAAAACUGUACUCCCUCUUUUAAGUAAUUUGGAUCCUGUCGGCAAUGAAAGUACCACCAGUACGCAGUACAUUCCAAGUAGCAAUAGUACCAAAAUUCCCCGGAAAAAAGGCAAAGUCUGGCCUCACACUAAGAUGACAAAACCGCCUGUGCAAACCACUACUCCGAAGAUUGUCAUCGUGACACCCUAUUACGUUAUGCGCAGUGAGACAACGAAGAAAAUGGACUUUGAAGCGACAAACUUUCUUAACUAUUAUUCUAAGCCCGCGAUAAGCAUCACGGAGGAAGAUCAAAACAAAACUGAACUCCCUCUUCCAAGUAAGAUGAAUCUUGUCGGAAAUGAAAGUAACCCCACCGGUGCCAAAAUUCCCCGGCAAGGAGAUAUUCAUGAGGCUGAUACAUUACCGCGACGCACGAGGCGUCCUGUUGCUCCCCAACCAAACAACACUCAAAUUUCGGGACGUUCCAGGCACUUUCCAUCCUGGAUGAAAUCUGUUCCUUACUUGGAAAACGGUGCCAUUCUUUUCAGAAAGAAAAUACAGAGUACCUCCACAGCUUCUGCAAUAACUGAGAGCCGUAAAAGUGACGCUACUUUAACUAACUUCAACCAUUCUCCGAACUUAACAAUUUAUUCGACAACAGAAAAUAUUCCAGUUAUUUCGUCGUCCACUUUAUCCACAAAGUCCAAUUCGGUAUCGUACAAGCCGAAAUCAUCGACUGCAUCUCCGUCCGAGCAAUCGACUGGAGGUUUCGUGAGCACGCCUUUUCCUCUGGACUCCCACAAUGACGGUAUUUCGACGUCUUCCGUAAGCACCAGCAUCGCCGAAGAGCCUGAAUCGAGCAGUGCCCGCAACGCCAAAAGACAAAUCUCAUCUUCAGCGCUUGGUGAAUUCAUCGUCACCACUCCUGCGAGCGACAGCGUUGAGAAUCACUCAGGUGCUCCCGUGAUUCCAACCUCCACCCAUCCUGGAGAAUCUGAUUUCACAAAUUACGUCUCGGUUCUCAGUAACGAGUUGGGUGAAUCUUCCGGCAUGAACGCGACUUCGGAACCAAGAACUACCAUUCCACUUCCAACGAACAUAACAGCAACCCUCGGCGAUAAGGAGGCUGAAGAAAUUAUGUUUGAAAGACAGGAAGAAAAGCCGUAUGUGGAAGCAGCCACGGAUCUUACUUUAUCCUCUUCAAUGACCACUGAACCUUCACGGAUAGUUCAUCGCAACCAUUCUACCAUAACCGAACUUGUGUUCGGUUCGACCAUUCUACCGUUGAUUUCCAUAACCGAACUUGUGCUGCCACCUGCAAAUGUCGUCAAUUCCACGGAGCCACCCGAAGAAGUUCGAGGUUCCGAUAACCUGAUUCAUCUAAUGUCUACUCCUGCACCCGUUCGGCAGCGUACAAUGACAACUACACUUAGGGUUCCCUAUCUAACUCACUAUCAUGAAGAAGUUCCGACUGCCAGGAGAGUUCGUCUUUCACACGGAAAUAAUUUGCUCCUUCAGCCUCCCUUCGAAACGAAUGCGGCUGCGACGAAGCAAUUCUCUGGUCAGAUCGAAUCCGAACAAUUGCGAGGCCUUUCCGAAACAAAAUUUCCAAGCCAGAAUCCAGCACCCGCUUUCAAUCCCCCAUUUAAUCAUCAAACAAAGCCUGUGUUUUCUCCAAUGACCACCGGCAGAUCCAAGAUGACUUACGCACCACCCGCACCAUACUAUGUUCAAGUCAGAAAACCGGCAGCUGCCAGGAGUGAACCCUUCAAUUACGGAAAUGGAUCUGCAAGUCAGGCAAACAAGAACAACUUGAUCCAUACAAUGAAAAACAUCAUCAAGCAAGGGGCUGAGGCUGGGGCCGUCUUCAAGGAGGAAAAGCUCGCCAAAGCAAAGACAAAUUUUGAGAAAAUGCGACAAAGGUUCGGCAAAAAUAGCAAAGGAAGUAUACCUGCUUGGUCCAUCACUACAAAUUCUCGACAUCAUGCACCCAGGAAGGUUGUUCCAAGACUUCCUGGCGUCAUCAGAAAUGGAGUUCGUUCCGCUGCUGCUGUUGUCAAUAACCUGGCCCAGAGGUACCGUCCUCAUCGUCAUUAA